AUGCUGCGGCUGUGUCUUCAGCGUGCCUGCGCUGCGUCCUACUCUGCAGCGGCGAGCUGCAGCCCCGCUCCUCCCUGCGUCGCGACGUCUGCGCUGCGCCUGCUGCCCAGUCCCGGCCCGCGAUCCUUUUCCAGCGAUGCCGAGGCUGAGACGCGGGAAAUCACCAAUCCCAGGGUGCUGGAACUGGCGGACCAGAUUACACAGCUCAACCUGCUGGAGGUGAGCGACCUCACCGAGCUCCUCCGAAAGCGCCUCAACCUCCCGGCAUCAUACGCCAGGCCGAUGUACGCAGCUGGUCCCGUGGCCGCAGCACCCGCAGCCGAGCCUGAAGCCCCCAAGGUAGAGAAGACGGCGUUCGAUGUCAAGCUCGACGGCUUUGACGCUGCAGCCAAGAUCAAGGUCAUCAAGGAGAUCCGUGCCGUCACUGAGCUUGGACUGAAGGAAGCCAAGGAGCUCGUGGAGGGCGCACCCGUCGUGGUGAAGAAGGGGCUGAAGAAGGAGGAGGCUGAGGAGCUGCAGAAGAAGUUGGAGGCUGUCGGCGCCAAGAUCUCUUUGGAGUGA